UAAUCCGCCAGAUAAAACAAAACCAGAUUGUGCACAUGAGUUAAAUCAAUAAUUUAAAACACACUGUGUCGUUUAUGAAAACAUCUGGAUGAACACACUGACCCUGAGCAGACAGGGCAGGAGUGAGUCAGCAGGGUGAAGUUUUCAUUUCACUCCACAGACCAACAUUUUAUCUCAUGUCGUGCGUAGUGGCGCAGCCCCUCAGCCUCAGCGUGAGCUGCGCAGACCGGUCAAACUUUCAGUGCACUCACUCUUUCAUGUGUUCAGACUUGUAAAAUAACUUCUGUAGUGUAGAAGUCAUAGUGGGGUGGAAAAGUGGAAAAGGAAAAGUUGCAUGCGCAAACUAUGUGCGCGGAUUGCCCAACUCCUUGCGGAGAAAAGAAACCAAUCUGUCAAGUUUUAAAGCCGGGCGGGAUGGAGUCGCAAACAAAGCCGGAGACGGAUCAUCGUGGUGGUGAAGGUGUUUGUCAGAAAGGAUGCGGGCUCCUUCUGUCCAGUGAAGGGGACCACUGUUGUGUGGACGCGCUCCGGGCGGUCACCGACGCGCUGGAGAGAAGAAGCGCAAAGUUUGAGCACGAAGCCCGGAUGGCGAGGCUCAGGUGGAACAGGAGGGAGCAGUCACUGUUAGCCCAGGUGUCAACUCUGCAAAACGAGGCCCAGCUCGCUGCACUCAAGUACCAACGGAGACUGCACCAAUACAUGCUGCACAUCAACAGCAUUGCAGAGCAGGUCAUUGGGUACUACAAGAGUGACUUGAGAACAACUGCUGACAUGCAGAGCCAGAUAUCAGAUAAAGCAACAUGUGCAGAUGGAGAGCCACAGGAGCAGCUCAAAGCAGCUGAGGUGAAUGGGAAGGAGUUGUCCAAGUCCAGCCAUGAGGAGACCGUGGAGGCUUUUCGCGCAGCCAAGGAUCCCGUCGUGGUACAGGUCAUCAGGAGGACCCCCAGCGGCCGACCCCAUGGCCCCCCUCAGGAAAUCCAUGUGGUGGACGUGUGCACUCAGACCGACAUCACCUUUGAACACAUCAUGGCGCUGGCAAAGCUCCGGCCUUCGACCCCUCCUGUGCCUGACGUCUGUCCCUUCCUGCUCUCUGACAGCUGUCAUUCUCUCCAUACAAUGGACCAGGAUUACUAUGAAGGGACAGACUACCUCUCGCCUGUUCCAGCUGAUGGAGAGAGGACAGAGGAGUUUGAGUAUGAGGAAGUAGAGCUGUGUCGACUCAACAGCCAAGAGAAGUUGGGUCUAACUCUGUGCUACAGAACAGAUGAAGAGGAGGAUGUGGCCAUCUAUGUCAGCGAGAUCUGUCCAAACAGCAUUGCUGCCAGAGAUGGACGCAUCCGAGAGGGAGAUCGCAUUUUACAGAUUAAUGGCCAAGACGUACAAGACAGAGAGGAGGCUAUGGCUGCACUCUCCAGUGACGAGUGUAGAAACAUCGUGCUGCUGGUUGCCAGGCCUGAGAUGCAGCUGGAGGAGGCCUGGCUGGAUGAUGAGCACAGUGAGUUUCUGGAGCAGCUGAAGAUGGAAAUGUUGGAGGAGCAGCAGAGAGAGGAGAUGGAAUUAGCUGCCUUACAGGAGUUGCAGGAGUAUGAACAGAGAGCAGAAGAUGACAAGCCCACCUGCUCCACGCUCCCUCAUCAUAAAGAUGGCGUGCUGAGUAUAAGAGACAGAAUGGAGAGCUCCGAGCACAACGUCCUGGCACAUAUCCAGAGACGUCUGUCUCAGUGUCUGAGAGACAAUCGGGACACGCACCGUACCACCAGCUCCACGCGACUGGAGGACAAAGAGGAUGAGGACGACGACGAGGCGGAGGGCGAUCGUUUCCAGCAGCUCCUGGAGCUCAAGUGUCAGAUCCGUAACAGCGGCGAAUACGACCUGUUCUACAGCCACCGCAGCACCAUUGAGUGCAGCAUGGGGGAGCAGGGCGGCGUACAGCAUGAGCUACGCAUGCUCAACGAGGAGCUGCGCAGCAUCGAGCUCGAAUGUCAGAACAUCAUGCAGGCCCACAACCUUCGUAAGGGCCAGCAGUCUCCCUCUGCACCCUUAACCAAAAACCAAAGCCUCCAUCAGAGUGAGCCCACAAAGGGUAAGCUGGCCGAUAUUAACGAGAGGCUGGAGAAAUCAGACAAGGACAGCUCCAGUGCCUAUAACACAGCAGAGAGUUCACGGAGCACGCCUCUAGCAAUGGACCGCUCCCCAGAGCACUCACUCCAGAGGAUGGUUAGUCUCACCAACCAGAGGAACCUUUGCAGUGGCCUUGCCACUGGCCCCUCUCUUAGCUCAAGCCCAAUCCCUGCAUGCCGUGCUCCAGUUCCAGGCAAAAGCAGCAGUCCCGACCAUAGCAAUCCUUCUGAGUCGAACAAGGCACCUCAAGCAGAGGAGGAGAGCGGCAUGAAAUUAAAGCCAUGUGCAUCACAGAUUCCUUACUUCUCCCCAUCCCACAGUUCCCAGCAGAGGCAGGUCAACAUCCCAGCUCAUGCCCGGCACUACCAGAGCUACAUGCAGCUGAUCCAGCAGCGAUCAGCUGUGGAGUACGCUCAGAGCCAGCUCAGCCUCCUCAGUGUCUGUAAAGAGCCCCAGAUGCCCAUUGAUGAGCCCAAGAUGGAGUGGAAAGUCAAGAUUCGCAGCGACGGCACACGCUACAUCACCAAGAGGCCUGUGAGAGACAAGAUCCUGAGGGAGAGAGCCCUAAAGAUUAAAGAAGAGCGCAGCGGGGGGAUGACCACAGACGAUGAUGCAAUGAGUGAAAUGAAGAUGGGGAGAUACUGGAGUAAAGAGGAGAGAAAGCAGCACCUGGUCAGGGCGAAGGAGCAGAGGAAAAGGCGAGAGUUCAUGCAGCGUAGUCGGCUGGAAAGCUUGAGGGAGAACCCUCAGAGCAGCAGCGAAGGUCGCAAGGAAGUCAGCAUUAUAGAGCUCAGCCACAAGAAGAUGAUGAAGAAACGCAACAAGAAGAUCCUGGACAACUGGAUGACCAUCCAGGAGCUGAUGAGUCAUGGUACUAAGGCCCCUGAGGGAGCCAAGGUGCACAACGCCUUCCUAUCAGUCACUACUGUAUAAAAAAAAUAAAAAAAACACAAAGAAAACACACAUUCUACCCCAUGCGGUAUAAUAUACUUGCCUCGUUCAAUGUGGCGUUUUUAUGAGGACAAUAGGAAUAUUUUUCACAGUUUGUAACCCAAAAAGCAUUUUGUAAAGAAUUUAUCAGUGGUGUCAUGGCAUUUUUUUUUUUUCAUGUUUUUCAAUAUUGUUUUUCACAUCACUCUAUGGGGAAAAACAUUUUUUCUAUGAAAUUAUGACUAUAUAAUUAUUUUAUUACUUCGCUCUAAACAUGUUUAUCUUUUCAAUUCUAUUUUCAUAUUUAUGUUGUAACCAUAUAACUCGAAAUAAGUUGUAUGAGCAUCUUAAGAGAAGUUGAGUAUUUUCUUUUGUGUACUUGACAAUUGCAACAACACACAAUGAAUCAGUGGGGUCUCCUGCCUUUCUCCAAGUUUUUUAAACGCCCCUUUGAUGAACUAUUUGUCCUUUAAAGCUGAAAUAAGCAACACUCUGUGCCGAGAGAAGUAGUUCAGAUUAUUUUUCAGAGCAUCAGUCUUAUUACGUCUAAUCAUACAGGUAUCAAAAAAGGUAAAAUAUGGUACAAAUUUCAGCUCUAAAAAGUACAAAUGUCAUGCAUUCCAAUCAUAGUACUGUAUAAUGAAAGACUGAGUGACUACGGCAAGAAUGUGUUGAAUCCCAAAUUUAAUGAAUUGAAAUAAAUUCAAUGACCUGAAAGGGGAAAAACUCUUUCAAACUCAUGUUUCACCUCAAAAAUGCUAUUUUUGAGGUUUCAGAUCACUGAACAUUGUAAUUUGUUAAUAUGAGCAAACGUUCCUGGUCAACAUAGAACUUUUAUCAUCAGUAAUUUUAGGAAAAUCAUCCUUUUAAAAGUUCGAUACCUCACAUUACAAUGGAACUCUUCGCGUGUUGUUUCUGUAAUUUGUGAACUUGAGCCACUUUUCGUACAAAGCUACAAACGAGGAGCUGCUACACUAACAGGUUAAUGGAAAAACAACUCUGUGGGCACAGGGAAUUAUGUACUAUAUAUUGUACUUCUAAAAACAGAGAUUUUGUGGUGUAAAGGAACACAGACAUCCCAAGAGUCCAACAUGUUCUGACUCAUUGCCAAUGCUGCAGUUUUGUUUGUAUGGUUUGCAGCUUUGGGUAAAAAUAAUAAUAAUUUUGUAUUCAGUUUUAUUUUUGCUUACUAUUUUGAGGUUUUUUUUCUACAUAUUCAACAACAGAUGGACCUGCUCAUAGCUUUUACAUACCAGUAUUUUUACAUCAUUUUUACUCUCCACUUACACCUUUACUCAGCAUAGCCUUAAACAGCAAAAACUGAAUCAACGAUACGUUUGUGUGGCGAACUGAUUUAAUAUUCCAACAAACUGUUUCUGGAUAUCUCUGCGCAACAGAGACGUUAUUAUUCAGCCUUAUUCAUACAUUGUAUAAUUUGAGUUUUUAGUAGCUGGGGGAAAACUCAUAGAUAUUGUAUAGUGGUUACUGAAUUAUGUUUGCGCUCACAUUAAACUUGUGUUAGGGUGAUUGCCACUGAGCAGGACUCAGAAACACAGCAUCAAAAAACUAAACUGGUGAAAUGAAUGGGUUGCUGUUUAUCAACAGACUUUAUAGUUCAAUUACAUGUACAGUAUACUCAUUCCAAAAGCCUCAUUUUUAACUGAAAUAUUGUAAAUUUGAAAUUUUAAAACUGAUCCCUGUAUUUGUUUGGAGUCAAUGUCAAUGGUCUAAUUUCGAGUAAUGCGUAGUUGGCACAUUUGUAGCCAGUUAAAAUGUGUGAUAAUGGUGAUCUUUGCAAAAGAAAUGACAAUAAAUUAUUGUUUUU